AUGAUGCUCGUGGCGUAUGCUUGCUACUACCUCUUCUUCCAGGACGGAGGGGAUGGUGAUGAUGAUGACGAGGAGGAGGAGCAGGUGCUGGGCUUAUGGGACGGAGAGGAUGGGGAUGAUGAUGAUGAUGAUGAUGAUGAUGAUGAUGAUGAUGAUGAUGAUGAUGAUGAUGAUGAUGAUGAUGAUGAUGAUGAUGAUGAUGAUGAUGAUGAUGAUGAUGAUGAUGAUGAGGAGGAGGAGGAGGAGGAGGAGGAGGAGGAGGAGGAGGAGGAGGAGGAGGAGGAGGAGGAGGAGGAGGAGGUGAGAAGAAACGAGAAUGGCUGA